GCAACGAGGAACUCUGCGUCGAUUUCUGCGCCGUUGCGCGUGCUCGGACUCUGCGCGCGCGGGCCCUUUGGAGCGCGUCCCAGUUCCGUGGUAGCGUCCCGACGUCGUCCGAUGUCCGUGUGCCUCUAAAGUGGACUAAGCCGCGCCGCCGGUUGCCCCUACCCUGCGUCGUGUGUGCGCGCGCCAGCCCAAGGCCGAGCGGCGGCGAUGUCGUACGGCCAGUUCGGUUACUCGUCGUCUUCGCAGCUGAUGGGCGGCGGCGGCUCGGGUCACUCUCCGUCUCCUGCCACGGCGGCGUGCUGCGAACCGGCGCGCCCGCUGGUCGGCGAGUCCCCCGGUGCUGCGCCGGUGACGGCGGCCUCCGGGCCCGUGUGCUCACUGCCGGCGGCCGGCUCGUACGACUCGCGCCUGCUGUCCAGCUACCCUCAGCUGGCCACGCCGCGCUUCUACAACGCCGGCUACGGGGACCAGGCGGCCGCAGCAGCUGACUACGCGAACCUUGCCGUCGACUCGUCCGCCUUCUACCCGACACUGAAUCCAGCGUACACAAUGAAAGAAGCCGCUGAUCCGUGGAGGGGGAUCACGCAACCAGCGUCCUAUUACUACGAUCCGGCUUUGGCUGCAUACGGGUACGGCGGCCUUGAUUUCAACGGCGCACGCAGAAAAAACGUGACUAGAGAUUCGACAUCCACGUUGAAGGCUUGGCUCAACGAACACAGAAAGAACCCUUACCCCACAAAAGGAGAAAAAAUAAUGCUCGCGAUCAUUACGAAGAUGACUCUAACUCAGGUGUCCACGUGGUUUGCAAACGCGCGACGCCGGCUCAAGAAGGAGAAUAAGAUGACUUGGGAGCCGCGCAACAAAGCCGACGCCGAUGACUCGGGCGCCGAGGACAAGAAGGACGAUGAGGACACCCUGGACGAGCGCACAGCCAGCGUUCAAGACCCCAUGCGUCGCAGCGAUUCGACCAGGUCCUACUGCAGUUUGUCUGCACUGCAGCGUUCCCGGGAAAGUACGUUACGACCACCCCAGACAUCGGCGGAGGUGGACCACGAGGCGGCCGAGAUGCAGUCUUCCCAGCCACACCGGGCCAACGCUGGCUCAGAUCUCCACCAGCAGCGGCACAGCUAUGGCCACUCGGCGAACCCGUACGCCCUCGGAGGCACGUCUCGGUCCCCAAUCCUCAACGGCAUCAUGUCUCUGGCGCCACCAAACUCACUCACAGGAUACACACCGGCUGCAUCCUCGGACAGCCCGUCGCCAGACCUCCAGGGCCUCGAAUCUCUUAUGUCCAAGUCGUCGCCGAACGCCGCGGACGACUCGUCGGGCGCCGACAGCGCGCACAACAAGCCCAAGAUCUGGUCGCUGGCUGACACCGCGACGAGCAAGAGCCCCCCUCCACCGCUGCCGUGCUCGGGCCAAACGCAGGGCCCUCCGGCCAGUGGUGGGCAGCCCAAGGAUACUGCAGGAGGCGCCGCCAGCCACGGCUCGGUACUGGGCUGGUUUUCCGGGGGAUACCACCAUCGGGCCGGCGGUGGGAACACGCCCACUUCAGCAGCGGCGGCAGCUGCGGCGGCUCACUUCGCCAGUUACGGCAGCAAUGGAUUCAGUCCCGGAGGAGCCGCGCCACAGACGGACACGCCGCCACAGACGCCCCCCAACGCCAAGAUGGGCGCCACUGGAUCGUCCUCGCUGCCUUUCCACCUGGGCUCCGGCGGGUACUUCCAAGGCCAGAGCUCCGCCUCGCACCUCUACCUGGGCCAGGCGUCGGCCUCUGCGCCGCAUUCGCACAUGGGAGUUGACAAGUCGUCGUCGUCGUGCGCCGGAGGCCCCAUCUACCGGGCCGCUGGGGGCUACGCGUCAUCGGCACCCGCCGCCAUCAUGGCCGCCGCUGCCGGAAGUCCCUGCGCCGACGGAGCCUCUUCCUCUUCCCGCUCGUCGUCCUCGGAGGACGAGUUCGCGCCGCCGCAGCACUACGGCCCCGCGGCCGCGGUGCCCGGCGCCAUGGCCGACGGCCUGCCCUGAGCUGUGAUCGCGCUGGCACGAGCCGUGUGUGAAAGUGGACUCCGGGGGCUUCGGCCCCAAGAAGAUGUCGCCCCCUUCCCUCCCCUCCGCACCCACGGGGGAGCGUCGACCUUGGCGUCGAGGACGAGCGCCGGCGCGACCACCUCCCACUGUCGUACACUUGUCCAUCGCCAUUCGGACGAGAGUGUCACUUUUCAUACGGUGUAGAUGACGGCAGUGCGUCAGAAUGCCGUCGGAACUGCUUUCGCCGGUGACAUCUCGCUUUAUCUUUCUCGGUUCGCACGGUGGUAUAAAUUCUCGGUUGCACUGAGACAGCAUUUACACAAAUAAUUCAGCGCCUCCUGGCUACGGACUGAUGUCUCAGGGUGGCUCGAAGGAAAGAGAUCGCGGUGUGUUGCAGGCAGGAAAAUGGCCUCAGUGAUGGCCAAGGUCCUUGCCGCAGUUUCUCAUAGUUUAUCUUUGUCGAGAACAAAGAGUAAUAUCCAGGGAGGGUGGUCUUAUAUGAAGAGCUGUGCGUGAAUGCGUGAUAUGCAAGAAGGAAGUGUCUGCUGUCGCCGCUUAUUUAAGCCAGGGAUUAAAGCUGGAAUUCUUAAUUAAGACAUUAGGUUUGCAUUGUUUUUACAGGUCGACGUAUGAGCAUAAAAGCACGUGUUUACUUACAUCUGCAUUGGUAAGCCAAUGCUUGGGUAAAGUCGUUCAUAAACAGCAUUUCGCGUGUAAUUUCAAUCUGUUAUGUUAUAGAAAAGAAUCCUUUAAAAAAAAUUGAAGGCUGUUGUGUGCGUGUCUGUGUGUGUAUCUUUUUUUUUUUUUGCGAAACUUCCCGAGCACCAUGCUUCAUGGCACAGUCACUCUCCUUUUACUGUAGUAAAGGUCGGACAAUUUGCUUUUACCACGAAGGAAAUGAAACGUGAAUCUGCUAUUCUUGUUUAUUUUCAAUUUAAAAUGUUUUAGUAGCUGUGCCAAUUAAUUUAUUUUGUGCAAGACACUAGUUCAAUCGACCGUUGUUUUCCUAGCAAGGGGGAGGUGGAUACACGACGUGACGACAGAUAUAACGCGAGAACAAUAAACGAAGGCUGUAAUCUGUGUUGCAGGAAGUGGGCUUGUUUUUAUCUUGCAAAGUUUAGUGCGAGAUUUUAAGCAGACAUUAGUGGCCAUUGCAAAGAAAAGAAAUACCACGUUGAUUCUCCGUGGCAAAUGUGCUGUUUCUCAUUUUCGUAGAGUGAAAUUAAUGGAUUAUUGAUUGUUUGCUGAGAAAAAGAAAGAAGGAUUGACCGUAACUGUCUAGCUGGGCGCUGGCACCUGGUAUGAGGGUUGUCGUGUUGAACGUGGUUGAGAGGUUUGUAACGGUUAGAUAUUAAACAAUAGGGAAUUGAAUUCACAGGGCUUUACGCCCCAAAACCUCGAUUUGAUUUUGAGGCACGCCGUAGUAGGGGGCUCCGGAUUAAUUUUGACCACCAGGUGAUAUUUAACGUGCCCCCAGUGCACGGGACACGGGCGUUUCUUGCAUUUCGCCCCCAUCGAAAUGCGGCCGCCGCGGCCCGGAUUCGAUACCGCGACCUCGUGCUUAGCAGCACAACGCCAUAGCCGCUAAGCCACCGCGGCGGAUUAAACGAUGUAGGGGAGAGAGAAGAAAACAUACACUGUAUGAACUGUUGAAGUUACAUAGGUAAUACAAUUUUAUUUUGUUUCAAUAAGGAGAGACGUGACAAACCCCAACAUUAGUAUCGUAAUAAUUAAAUUAUUCUUCUGUUGGCAUUAUUUAGCAAUGGAAAGAAAAAUACAUGUAGCAGUACCUUUUUAUAUCCCUUAUCGGAACCGCAUCUUUUAACAAAGAGAGAAGAAAAUUACAGAAACAGUAAAUGCCCACUCUUUGCAAGCUAUGCACAACGAGACAAAAUUUAUGUAUACCGCUGGGAUAAACGCUUAUGUGGCGGUGUUUAGCGACAUCUACAAAUAUGGCAGAAGUUCUUGAACAAAUAUAACUUAUAUCUCGUGUAUUUGACGAGGUUUACUGUAUUCAUGGAAUCUCAGUACGAUGUUGUGGUCGGAUAAUCCUGGGUGGAAUUGUGUUUCUGUGGUGGUGAAUCUCCUUGGGACGCACACAAUACCCAAGCAUACCACACAAGCAGUGUCACAUCUCUUAUACUGCCUGCAUCCAAUGUUUAUACUCUGCGUAAGGCGAAAAAAAUAUUGAGGGUGUGCUUAACAAACGGAUUUCGUUUAUUUGUGUAUGUGAAUAGUUCCGUUUUGAAACGAUAGCUAAACAUGUUCAGGUCGCUAAUACCCCUGGCUAAAUGACGUCCUUGAACAGAUUAUGCUUGUAGUUAACCUGAUUGCAAAAAAUGCGGAAGAAAAAAAAAAGAAAGGAAACACCGGAUCAGCUGACAGCCUAUGAAAUCCUUAUUGGACAACUACUAAAUAGAAGCAGAUUCACCCCUUUGCAUUAGCAGCUUAAUAUGUUAAUUACGUGUGCAAAACGUCUGUCUAGUUUGUUUAUAGUCGAUUGCGGUCAAACAAAGAAAGGCGAUCUUAGUGGACCUUCCCCGGUUCAUAUCUCAUUUUAAAUGGCUGGGACACAAUGGUGAUUUUUUUUCUUGGUGCCUACGCGAUGAAUCUCUGCCAUCAGGUAAAAGUGCGCUCUUGGGGCAAAGUUUACGUACACUGUCAUGCUUUCACGCCCAAAAACACGACCCGCCCCCCCCUCUUCCCGUGCAUAACCUGCAGAAAUCAAAGAACUGGACCCAGUGGGUCAUGUUCACAACUGUAUUGUUCGUUUUCGCGCUUGCGUCGGUGAUGAAACUGGCGAAUGCAGAGGCACGGACGACGAAGAACUGAAUAAAUGCUCACACGGCUGCAGCCUUCGUUGCAGAGUGUACUUCGAUUGUCGAUUAACUUCGGCUAUGCUGGUAGAGAUUGCGCAGUGUGCAGUUGCUCUAGUAAAAUGUGAUUCGAAGGUGCACUUCUCCAGUGGAGAAAAGCAAAGCCCGCGAUGGGUAGAGAUUCUUUGUCCUCUAUGUCUGUUCCUUUCUUUCUUUCUUUCUUUCUUUCUUUCUUUCUUUCUUUCUUUCUUUCUUUCUUUCUUUGUUCCUCGUGAUAUUCAUAAGAAUUAAGAACGGCAACGCGGAAAGGACGUAGAGAAAAUAUAUGUCUAUUUUUUGUCACCAGUUCGUCCUGAUAAAAUAUAUGAUGAGGCCACUAACGAAGUCCGCUUCAAUGCAACAGUUCUGUUUGCUCGCUUCUGCUCCAUUCUCGUCAUCCCGAGCGCCGAUCCAGAGCGCCGUCAGCGAUGAUCCUGGCGGUGUAAGGGCGUUGCCACCCAAUUUAAGCCUGUGACGAAUGGUAAAGGAAGCUGGUCUAGAAUACAAACGGACUAGAAUCGUUGUGUGGUUCCGGCCCGAGUGUAUGGGAGGGCGUAUUUAAUAAAUUCUUUUCCUUCUUCUCGCGGUACAGUGUAAAUACAUCAUGUAGCGAAUCGUUAGGAUGAACUAUAGCGGCAGGGAGAAGGCUGUCCACCCUGUUUAGAAGGUCUGUACAUUGUUUGAACUCCAGCAGAGAGAGAAAGGAGAUAUUUAAGUGGAAGUCUUCCAUUCCCAGAGGCGUGCGGGCGGUGGGCCGGAGCAAUAGCGACCAGCAGCGGCGACCAUGGCAAAUAUGUGUGGCGCGCACUCGUUUCUACGUUCUACCUUGUAUACGUUCCUCUCCUCCAGUUGACAUGUGUUUACUGCGUAUGUAUAAGUGUAUUUGUACAUAAGUGUGAUCAAACGCGACAGUGUACACGAUUUGUGAAGGCACCCCUCGACCCGUCGGCAAGGUCUCGCGUGCCCACCCCCUCGACAACGGGGCACGCAGGCGGCGCGUGCCCCUGCCGGUGAGCUCGUGUUCCGGUGGUGGCCGCUUUCUUGUAGAUAUUGUUUCGUGCUAUACGACAUGUGUAAAUAUGUGGCAGAAAUGGAAAUAAAACAAGACAUGUGGAAAAACAAAGAAAAAAAUUUUCAACUGCC